CUUGCUGGCCGCAGGAGUAUCAUGUCUUUGUCACCAUGCAAGACAGUGCACUGCUAACACGACGACAUUCUUUAACGUCUGUCCUGUGAGAAUCUCAUCCGUCCUGCUCAUCCGACUUCCAGUCUUUCGUUUGGAUGACCUUCGUUCAACCAUGCCUGUCUCUCACCAAGGUCCUACGUAGCACCCUUUCAGGAGUCCAUCGACCAGUAAGGCCAUGCCCUACUUCGACACCAUGCGUCAACCACGCAGCAAUCACCGGACACUAGCCUUGGGUCUCCUUCUCGGCGUUGUCUUCGUCUAUUUCAUCUACAGCAUCAACACCACUUCCGUAAAUCCCUCCGAACUGCGCCAGCGGGCGUCCGACGCUGCCGCAGACAAUCCGCUUUCACCUCCUACCUCUGCAUUCCGCAAGCAACCCGACUCUCUCAAAUCCCAUGGCGGUGUACGGCGUCCUCCUCCAGUCGUCCACUACCAACUCAAUAACCUGACCGCCACCUCAGACCCCGCGUCGAAGAAGGAGAAAGUCCUGAUCCUCACACCGCUUGCCCGCUUCUACCCGGAAUACUGGGACAACCUCCUACGCCUGAGCUACCCUCACGAACACAUCAGCCUGGGCUUCAUUACGCCCAAGAACAAAGAAGGAAAUGCUGCAACAGCGGCUCUACAAGAAGCCAUCAAGAUAACCCAAUCUGGGCCUGAAGAGAAACGUUUCCAGUCCAUAACCAUCCUGCGGCAAGAUUUCGAGCCCCCACUCAUCUCCCAAGAUGAAAAGGAGCGGCAUAAGAUGGAGAAUCAGAAGGCUCGACGAGCAGCCAUGGCCCGCGCAAGAAACAGUCUACUCUUCACCACCAUCGGCCCUCAUACCUCCUGGGUGCUCUGGCUCGACUCUGACAUUGUCGAAAGCCCUCCAACCUUGAUUCAAGACCUGGCGAGCCAUAACAAGGCAAUCAUCGUUCCUAACUGCUAUCAGCGGUUCGUCAACGCAAAAGGAGAAUCUGAUAUCCGGCCCUACGAUUACAACUCGUGGCGCGAUAGUGACGUGGCACAAGAGCUGGCUUCACAAAUGGGACCGGACGAUAUUCUGCUUGAAGGCUACGUGGAAAUUCCUACGUAUAGAACACUCAUGGCGAUGCUCGCCAAGACUGGUGCAGACCGGGACGAACGUCGACUCAUGCCUCUCGAUGGCGUUGGGGGAACAGCACUUCUAGUCAAGGCAGAAGUCCACAGAGAUGGAGCCAUGUUUCCGGCUUUUCCUUUCUACCAUCUUAUUGAGACAGAAGGGUUCGCUAAGAUGGCACGGCGGCUCGGGUUUGAGGCAUGGGGUCUGCCUGAUUAUCUUGUGUACCACUACAACGAGUGAUAGAUCGCUCAUUUCAGCGGGCACACCUGUCGAGACAUAACUCUCGAAUUCUCUUUUGCAAGGAGAGGAACACCUAUGCUAGACACUACAUCUUCCGGCGCAACCGAAUGGUUUUUCGCUGCGUGGUGACCACAAGCUGUCUUGUCUGGUACCAAAGCACUGGAAGUAGACGGGUCGUUUCGCCUUGCCGUCGAAGCACUUUCCAGGUGUACGAAGCUACUGUACAAGUAUGGGACGACCAAGCUGUUUUCCGGGCUUACGAUUACAAUGGGAUCAAAAAAUAAUGAUACAGGGAAUGGGAAGCAAGGAAGGGAAAAGAACAUUCACAUCAUACUAUGCAACUUGUUUAUUGCCUGCAGCAAGCAAGCGGAGUUCAAGACAAUGGAUUCGACCGGAGUUUGACAACGUCUCGGUAGAACACUUUCAGCGACAUAGAAUCAUGCAUGCGUGGAGUUUGACAGCGGCUACCAGUAUUGCUCUUUGUUCGGGGAUGCUCAGUCGCAGAGCUCAGGUUCGCCGGCCCGCUUCAUACCAAGAAGAACAGAGGCUCAAAAUGAACAAGACACUAUUCAGGACUUAUGAAGCGAAUCCAUCUGGUCCGUUUGAC